AUAAAAAAACACACAUCAUUGUAAAAUCAAUACAUUCAUCGUUCCACUCAGAAUCUAAAAUGUUGAUGUUGAUUUCAGAACUAAUUAUUAUGGAACCGUGGAAAAAAGUGUGCAUAUAUGUAUCAGUGUAUGUCAUACUUCGAGAAUUUCGUCCAAUAGAUCCUUUUAUUAUUAAGUAUCUGACGCUUCUUCCAGAAAAAUACACCGUUAAAAUAAUUAGAGAAGAAGUUUAUCCAGUAGGCAGUUAUGUUAGCGUGUUAUUUGUAGUAAUCGUAUUCCUCGUUACCGAUUAUCUACAAUAUAAGCCAAUAAUAAUUUUAAAUGGAUUAUCUGGUAUAAUGUCUUAUAGUUUACUAUUGGGAUCUCCAACAAUAAGUUUUUUGAAAAGAGCAAUAGUGAUUGCAAAGGCGAACAAUGACAUGCAACAGAAAGCAAGUGCUUGCAACAGAGAGUAUAAGAUGGAGAGAUUCUUUACUCUUGUUCGCUGUUACAACUUAUAA